ACUCCGCUUGCCGGUUAUUUGACAUAUUUGAUAAAUAUUAUAUUACGACGGACUAGCCGGCCCAUUUAAUGUCAACAUCAAUAUACGGGGAGUCUUGAGACUCCUUGACACACACAGUAACAUUGCUGUGCACUUUCAAAACAUAGAAAAACUUAAACUACUACAACAUCUACGACACGACUACAUCUACAAAGAAGCAGAGGCAGCCAGUCGGUGAAAAAUGACACUGAAAGUAACAAAGCUGGCACUUUCAAGUCGCCUAAUUGUCUUGGCUGUGCAACUGGUGUCCAACUGGGUGGUGCCCGAUCAUAAGCCGGAUGUUUUUCGUAUGCCUCUGCCACCGGAAGGCUAUACAAAAGGUCCUCUGCCCUGGCUGGACAAGCUGAUUGUGGGCUGCUUGAAUGGACUACGCCACUGGGAUGGAGAAUACUUUUUGCAUAUUGCCAACAAUUUAUACACUUACGAGAAUACGCUGGCCUUCUAUCCACUGUAUCCGACCAUGGUGCGUUACAUUGCAAUGGCUUGCCAGAGUUUAUAUGUGCCAUUGUCGAUGCAAUCGCUUACGCUGGUUGUGGGCGUGGCAUUAAAUGUGUGGCUCUUCUGUGAGGCGGCCAAUCUGCUGUAUCAGCUGACACAACGAAUGUUCAAUGACUUGAACAAGAGCUGGAAUGCAGCAUUAAUAUUUUGCUUCAAUCCGGCAAGUAUUUUCUUCAGUGCCGUCUACUCAGAGUCAUGCUUUGCGUACACCAGCUUUUUCCUGAUGCUCGAGUGUGUCAAGCCACAUCAAAAGUUCAACUAUAUUCGUAUCGGCGCCAGUCUAUCGGCUUGCAUUAUGUGUCGCUCCAACGGCCUGAUUGCCUUAGGAUUCCCACUCUACUUCUUCCUUCGCCAUGUGCUGCUGACAGCAAAUGCGAAGCGUUGUCGUCAAGUUUUCAAAAUGUCAUUGGCUGUGAUUGUGCCGCUUAUCAUCCUGCACGCUUACUAUUUCUACAUCUAUCGGCUAUAUUGCAUACCCAGCGUUAAAGUGAACAUUCCUCAACAUGUCCAGGCAUACGCCAGCGAACGUAAUUACCUGCUCGCGGGUCGAGGACCCGAAGGAUCGCCAUGGUGCCAAUACACCUUGCCUUUCCCCUACAACUAUGUGCAAUCAAACUAUUGGGAUGUUGGCUUCUUGCGCUACUACCAGUGGAGUCAGCUGCCUAAUUUCAUUUUGGCGCUGCCCAUGCUACUCUUUAUGAACUGGCAUUGUUGUGAUUAUUUGUGGUCAUUUGCCACCAGGAAGUGGGCACCUACCUCAAGCUGGCGGGAUGUGCUGAAGGUUCAAAAAACGCUACCAUUUGUGCUUCACGGCGCAUUUUUAACGUUGGUGUGUGCCCUGUUCGUUCACAUUCAGGUGUCGACACGCUUGCUGGCAUCAGCAACGCCCAUUUUCUAUUGGUUUGCUGCAGAUCAUAUGCCGCGAUCACUGGAUCAGCUGAAGUUUCGCACAAAAGCUGGUGCUCUCUUCUUUUGGUGUACCGUAUACUGUGCAUGUGGCACCGUCCUGUUCAGCAACAAUUAUCCCUGGACUUGAACUUCACUACGAUGGGCGUAAGGUUGCCAAAGAGACUGUAUUAGGUUUGGAUUAGUACGUAAUUAUUUUAGAUGCGUUGCACGCAAUAAUGUUGACCACCAAAUAACGAAGCAAUACCAAUUUAAUGCGAAUAAAAAUACAACAAAAAUAAAACACCUUUGAAAAUA